UCAACGAACCAAACGCCUGCUAAAAGUCCAACACCAUCCUUCACUCAAAUUUAUCACAACAUUUCAUCGUCUUCAAACUCUCAAUCCCACCUUUUUUUUUCUCUGCUUCCACAACUAUGGCUGCAAAACUGAAAAUAGCAGGAACAUGGUCAGGUGUUAUAGAAGUAGACUUACAAAAUUGGACAGUACCCAUGUUAAGAGAAGAGAUAGCCAAGCAAUCAAAUUGUACUCCAUCAUCAAUCAAUCUCAUCUAUGGAGGUCGUUUACUCAAAGACAGUGAUCAAAAUCUUAAAUUGAUUGAAUUGGGUGUUAAAAAUAACGCCAAAAUAUUGGUUUCUAGAGUUAAUGUUGAUGAGGGUAUGUCUUUUCAGCAAGAAUUAAUGGCGGAAGAACAGCGUUCUUCUAGACUCACUCGUCUCAAGACGGCUGUAGCUGCACUUGCUAAGAGACAUGCAGAUGGCUCACUGCCAAUUGAGGACUACAACAUAGAGCUUGAGGAUCAAAGAGGACAGAAGGUUAAUAUGGGUUCUGAGACUGAUCAAAGAGCAAUAAUGAUGGGUCUUAUGCUGCACACAAAAGGAAAGCAACUUACGAGAUUUCAACAAUUCAAAGAUGCUUUAGAGGUGCUUGAAAUGGGAGAGGAGGCCUUUUCUCUUUGUGACCCGAAACUCAUAGAGCGUAUUGACAAUGUUCCAAUUCUUCAAAUCGACAUGGUGUGGUGCUAUUUUAUGCUUCGUGACAUCAACUUGCUCGCGGUGGCGGGCGAGCGUCUUGCAAAAGCUAGACAAGGUAUUGAACGUGCCCAUGGGAAGAAUGCCUCUCGUGUAAGACAGCUUCAGGCUAGCAGUAGCCCGGAGAUUGCAUUGUAUUUGAGGUUGGAGCUCUUGGAAGGCGUGGCAGCUUUUCACUGUGGAAAGUUGGAAAAAUCAAGAGAAGCUUUGACUUCUGCCAAAACAAGAUUCUCUAAGCUUCAAGUAUCAGAUGAAGCCUUAUCAUUGUUAAUGAGCAUGGGUUACAAGGAAUAUGAAGCUAAGAGAGCUUUAAAGAUGAAUGAGCAGGAUGUUGAAACUGCUAUUAAUUUUCUUGUGGAGGAGAAAGAAAAGAAGGCAAAGAAGCGGGAAGAUGAUAUCAAGCGUCAAAAGGAAAUUAAGGAACAGAAAAAAUAUGGAAAGACACCCCUUGGGAAAGCUGUUGAUCUUCAAAUGAUAGAUGUUUUAGUGACCAUUGGGUUUGAGAGGGAGCUUGCUGCGGAAGCCCUUCGAAGGCAUGAAAACGACACUCAAAGGGCUCUGGAUGAUUUGACUAACCCCGAGCUCAAUUCUAAGAUACAGCUCGAUAUUGAAUCUAAGAAGAGGAAGAGACAACAAAACCGUUUAAAUUCUACCAUUGAGGAACUUGUAUCCAUGGGUUUUGAAAGAACAAGAGUGCUUGCUGCUGUUAAUGCCCAUGGAACAAAAGCUGAGGCAUUGAACGAGUUGCUCGCACAACAAGGUCAGCCAGCCCCAGCUGCUGUUAAUGAUAUACCGAGUUCUGAUCCUACUCCCAGCUCCACCGCCGAAGUAAGGGAGAAUACAUCAAGUAAUAGUGCUGAUGAGAGAGAAUCUCCAUCAAGUUCUCGAGGAGAAGGGGAAGAGCGGGAUUUCGAGAUGGAAGAUGAACUUGUGGAGGAACUCGAUAGAGGAGACGCGUUUUCAGAUUAUGACAUCGAUGUGACUAAAGAAGCAGAAGCUCUGAACGAAUAUUUAGCCUUGCUUGAUUCUGCCAUGGAUGGUGGUAACUGAUGAGAUAGAUUCUGACCUGUUGCUGCUGUAUAUAGUACGAGCUUUUAUUACAUUGGUAAUGCAUCUUAUAGAAAGUAGAAACAGAUAGGUCAAUUAGUUUUUGACUACCCAUAACUUAGGUGCAUAAGAUGGUAAGAAGUCAAUUGAUAUUUUAAAACAUGGAGAGCUUGUGAUUCAAAAAAAAAAAAAAAACAUGGAGAACUUGGUUCAAUAUAUGUGCCAUAUUAUUAUUAUCUAA